CGCCGCGGUCGAAAACUUGUAGCGAUAAUGUCGAUGCUCUUCAAUUACCUCCAUAGCUCCACUUCCACUAUAGAUCGCAAAAGUUUGAAGACAUAAAUAAACAUAUACGCGGAGGACGUUUCAAAAUACGCUGACAGCUGCGAGCAGGCACUGAAAAUCUGUAACGUAUGCGCCGUAGGACUUUAGACGGCUCGCGUUCGAACAUUCGAAUUUCUUUUACAUAUUUACGCGUGAUUCUGCGCUUCGCGAUUUCGCGUGUGUCAGCCGGUCCCAUUUUUGUCGAGAAAUCUCGCGCCGCUCGUUGCCCGACGACGACGACGACGACGACGACGACGCCACGGAUUGCUGCGCGAGCGCGAGAUACGCGGCCGAUGGAGUGCAUGUUUUGCGAUGUCUGUAUGUGACCGGUCCUCGUGGAUACCUCGCGCCUUCUCGCCGGCUGGAAACGACCGAUCGUCCGUGCUACGUUUCGCGACUCGACGUAGUCCGCCGACCGACCUGUGAACCCGAUAUUCCGAAGGUUUGCUUAUACAGACGAUGGAUUCCUUCGGAGACAGGGAGUCCAGCAGGGAUGGGGAAAUUGUGAGACGAGCCGUGGGACGUGGACAUCGUGUUUGGUCACAGGCAGAUGGUGGAGGACUCAGGCGGCCGCACAGUGCGUCAACUGCUAGUCAAUCCAGUAUAAGAUCCGACUCUUCGACGGCCGCAACGACGACGCAGUAUAAUCAGGAGGAAAAGAAAUUCGCGCUGUCGCCGCAGGCAGCAGAGUUCGUCCCGAGAUCCGUGUUGCGCUCUCAAUCUCACAUGUCACAGUCUUCGGCGCAGUCCACUGCGGCAGAGCGUAAUGUAUUUCUGGCCCCCAGGUCCAUACAGGACAGGAUCAGAUUAGCUCGCGAAAUGCCGCCAAGUGUGUCCGUACCUUCGUCACUUGAUGACAGUGGUGUAGGAGACGCUUUUGAGCAGCAAUGCAGUGUACAAGACGUGAAUACAGAUACUUACAAUGACGAUACAUACGAGUUAUACGGUCAAGACGAUAAAGAGGAGAGGCAACGGAACGAAAAGGAAGAGGCUUACAACCUCGAAACCUACGAGCAUCUCAGCAACAUUAUCAACAUUUUAAUUAUGAACCCCGCCGAGUUCAGCAACCUAGUCCCGCCGUUUAUGGACAAGCUCCGGUUGAGCGGAAACAUGUGUUGCCUGCAGUUGGUCGUGAAAACCAUAAUCGACUGGUCCAUAGCCGAAAGUAAUUUUCGAUAUAAUGGAGCCCGGUGGUGUAAAUAUUUCGACUCCAGCUUUAAAAAUUCCAAAGAGCUGUUCAGGGACUUUUUGUGCUUCCAAUGUAAAUGGGAGACCGGAAUACUCGAAAACGAAUGGCUUAGUCAAUCCGGGGAGAACCGGGACCAACGAAAGUGCAAUGGGUUAAUACUGUUUCUAGCGGAAUUGGUCGCUCAGAUGGACGAAACUUAUGCUUUCACCUUAGGCGAGUUCUUGGUGUCGUUCAUUACCAAGGUGCUACAGAGACCAGCGUCGAGCUCUGUCAAAUAUAUAUGCCAAGCGCUCAAAUUGGCGGGUCACGUGUUGGAGAAGGAUAAGAGCAGGAGUAAAGACAUGGAGAAUAUGAUGCGGGCGCUUACGGAGCUCGUGAAUAACGGGCAGGUCGACACGCACGUGGGAAACAUGGUGAACAGCGUCCACGAGUUGCGAAAGGAUUGGGGCAGAAGCGCGUCCAAUUGCGAUAUGUCCGGGUCAAGCCAUGCGCUGUUUAACGACGUCCAGCGACAGUCCGACCAACUGGGCGCGUCUAAUUAUAAUUCAACCGAAACGGAGGCUUCGCCGUUAAAAAUACAGCAUCCGGCGCCGCAGAGAAUGCAGCCGCCCGACCAGCCCGUGAUGUACGGUCCCGACGGCGAGAUUCUGUCCGCGGAGGAGAGCGAAUUUCUCGAGCAGCAUGCAAAGGAGCAUAUGGACGAAGAGACGUCCGAAGAAGAACCCGACGACAAUUACGACGAAGAAAUCGCGACCGCUUACGAGGAGUUCUUGAGAGAUGCGAAGUGCAAAUAAAAAGUCCAAGACGGAGAGUAGACGGACGUAGUCUCGCACAAAACAGGAUUGUACUCCGGCCCGAGCUAAUAAAUACGAAUGUCUUGUUUAAACGCUUUGUGAUUUUUCAAAGAGAUGGAGAUUUUGGAUUUGACUGCGUAAACAUUAUAAGUAUCCGAUAAUCUAUAUCACGAAAGGUAGGACAAAGCCAUUAUGUACGUUGCAUCUGAUCUGUGGGAAAAAAAAGGAAGUGCACCAAACACGAGUAAUUUUAAAUUCAUAGAGAUCCGCCAUGUACAUAAAUAGUAAUACCGAUAUAUAUAUAUGUAGCGUACAGAGUGGUUCACUUUGAAACGGAAUGCUUGAAUAAAUCCAUUUCAUUGGACGCGAGGGGGAAAAAAAGUGUUAAGGACGAAACUUAUAUAAUUGAAAAAAAAACGAGCAUAAUGCAGAAGGAAUUCUUUCUCAAAAUCGUACGUUUUCAAUGAAUUCCAAGGACGCAUCUCUCUCUUUUUCUCUCUCUCUCUCUCUCUCUCUCUCUCUUUCUCUUUUUCUCUUUCUCUCUCUUUUUCUCUCUUUCACGUCGUUUAGCUAACAUUCAAAAGUAUAAAGUUAAUUUAAUUUAUAUUAAAAGCUAGAAUGAAAACGGCUAAGAGAUCUAAAUCGCUAUUUCGCGCGCACGUUUAUUCAUACAUUUAAGAGAGCGUUUUUAUUCGAGCGUUCUAUUUCCGAUGGUCAACCCUGUACAUAGGUAUGUGUUCCAUAUGGCAAAUAUAUGUGUAUUUUGCAUUUAUUUAAAGUUAUAUGUGUAUUUAUACGAGAAAUUUCCUAAAUACAUGACAAGAGUUUUAUAUAA